AUGGAUUCCUCGUCCAGUAACCAUUCACAGCGCUUUUUCAGGAAGGCCUGUGAAGCUGGGCUGCACAGCAUUGUCGCUGAUGGUAUGCACACAUUACACCCUAAAUCACUAGGAUACUAUGCCCAGCUUUAUUGCGUGCAUGGCGUGUGUGCUGAGGGAGUCGAGAUCCCGCUGCUUUACUGCAUCACCUCAAAAAAAAAACUGAAGCGACUGAAGAUAUUCGAUGAGCUGAAGGCCAACAUCGGUGAUGUGCCCCAUCGUAUAAUUCUCGAUUUUGAGAAAGCGGCCGUUACAGCUGCUCGCAAAACCUUUCCGAGGGCCUCAGUGGAAGGCUGUGCUUUCCACCUCGCUCAAGCGUGGAAUUGCAAAAGGGAUCAGCUCGGCCUGAGGAAGUACAUGCAAGGAUUACGGAAAAGAUGA